CAGUCGCUUCUCGGCUUGAAUGCUGACACAUGAUGUGAGUCAUUGUAGUAUAAGAAACUGUUCUAAAUAUUUUAGUUUACAAACUUAGCAGCCAUGAGUUCAACAAAGCCUUACAUUGGCUGUAAAAUAGGAUUAAUUUCAAAAGCUCAAAAUCGUUACGAGGGCAUUUUGUAUACAAUUGAUAAAGUGAACUCCACGGUAGUGCUGGCAAAAGUCAAAUGUUUUGGAACAGAGGGACGACCCACUGACAGACCAACACCACCCAAGGAUGAUAUCUAUGAGUAUAUCACUUUCCGGGGAAGUGAUAUUAAGGAUAUAACACUAUGUGAACCUCCAAGGUCUCACCAUGGCCUGCCACCAGAUCCAGCAAUAGUGCAGUCAUCUAGUGCAGGCCCGUCAGGCCCCUACUCAGCUCUUGGACCAUUUAGUCCCCUAGGGAUGCCCGCCUACAACCAGCUUGCUGCCAGCUCUCUCCUUAAUCAACAGUAUGCUGCAGCUCUCGGCCUUGGGCCUGUACUCCCAGGCUUACAUGUUCGAAGGGGCCCUAUGGUGGAAAAAGCUGUUCAAACCCUCCAUGUGGAAAAAUCAUGGCAGAGGAGAGGUUUCACUGCACCCCAGGAGCAGGAGCAGCGCUGGGAGAGGAGAAGGCCCCAGAGGACCAGAGGAGAAACCUCCCAGACCAGAGGGAGCACCAGAGCCACCAUGAAGUCAGGCCCUGGUGUGUCCACUGCUCAGCGAGAAACUUCGCAGCAGCAGAAUGAUGAAAACAGGCCACCUAUAAGAAGAAAAGGAGCUCGAAGGCGCAGAAACCUUAGAGGCCAGCUGAUGGUGGCAAAAGUUCCAUUUGCCACCCUUAAGUUUGACACAGAUUUUGAUUUUGAUUCUUCAAACGCCCAGUUCAUUAAGGAGGAGUUGGAGAGGGAGGAGCAGGACAAAGUAAAUGUGAAAGAUGGAAAUCAUGAGAUAGGAGAAAAAGAUGGAGAGGAAUCACACUCAAAUGCAGAGGAUGAUCAUUUUGGACCAAAAUGCUACUACAACAAGGCAAAGUCCUUCUUUGACAACAUCUCCUCUGAUAAUAAAGUCAGACUAACAUGGGCAGAGGAGCGGAAGCGCAAUCUGGAGACUUUUGGGGUCCCUGGACGGUUCUUGAGGGGCCAAGGCUUCAGAGGUGGAUAUACUGGACGAAGAGGACGGGGCGCUGUUCAGACUCUACCUUCUCUCAGAGCCAGGAGUGGACAGCUGUAAAGGUCAGAGUUGAUACAAAGGCAUUAAAGUAAUGCCCACCCUCCAAUGAUUGUUUUCCUUAUGAGUAACAAAUGGGGUUUGGUUACUUUUACCUGUCUAAAUGUAAUUUUUCUGAUCAGCAAAGGCAACUCUGCUGGCACUAUAUGCAGAAGGAUCUGUUUGUGGAUUUUUUUGUUUUUGGUCUUUGUUUGUUUUUUCCCUCCCUUUGGCAGUUACUCUGUCCCCAUAUAUUUAUUAGGCCUACUUUUUUUUUUUUUUUUUUUUUUUUUUUUUUUUUUGGUCAUUUUGUCCCAUUUCAGAUAUGGAUGGCUCACUAAAUAGUCCACUGUAUGUGACAACAUCUUUCCCCUCUGAAUAUUUGACUGAAGAGUCUGGUUUUUGUUUUCUUUGAAAUGGGAAGUGAAUGUUUAAGUUUCUGUUUUGUUUUCAACUACUUGAUGAAUUUCACCCUAGAAUAUAUUGGUUUAAUGUUUAAAGAAGCUCUGCUUUUCCUCUUGAAGUAUGUAUUAUAAUUUGUAGCUACAUUUAUUUCAUUAACAGAUGUUUUUUGAACUGUAGAUGUAAAAUGAACUAGACUUAAAUGUAUAUGAGGCUAAAUCUUUUGCAAUGCUUUAUUUUGUCAUAUUGACGCAACAAGUGAGAUAAUGUAAAUAAAGUGGAAAUUGCUGA